CUUCUAAAAAUAACAUUUGACAAUCAUGCCAUCCUUAUUAUAUAAUUGUUUUAAAUAUUUUCUUUACAUGACUUGUAGUGUUUUAUUAAUUUUUUCUUUGAUAUUUAUUUUACAAUCCAAAUUACAUGCAUCAUCACAAUCAUCAUCGUUAACAACAUCUAAAUCUAUUGCUGUUAAUGAAACUAUUGAAUAUCGUACUGAUCAUCAGAUUGUAAAUCCUGACCUGAAUCUAAUCGAUAUAACCGAAAAUGUACAGAAUUUAAAUUAUGAAAAUUUUUUCCAUACAUCACGUUCAAAAUUUCUUGCACCCGAAUCAAUUCAUCUGCCAUUUAAUCCACCAUCAACAAUUGAAAAUAUAUCGGCAAUACCAAUUGCAUAUGGUGAUUUUGAUUCAGAUAAAUAUACUGAUAUAUUUAUGCUUGGUAAUAAUGGUAAAAGUUUACAUUUAUUAAAAGGACAUUCAUGUGUUGAUGGUAAAACUGUAUUAACAUUUUUCGGUUCAAGACGUUGUUUAUCGAUUGUACAGAAUUUUCAUUGUCAUCUAAAGGAAAAUAUUUAUAAUUUAGCUGCAUCUGAUUUUACCGGUCGUAUGCAUCAAGAUCUAUUGAUUACGGUAGAAAAUCAAUCACCGAUAUCGAAAUAUAAUAUUAUACUAGUCUAUGGUAAUACAACAGCCGAAGAAUUUAAUUGUGAUCAGCAAAUAAUUUUAAUUGAAAAUGCUUCAAGUGAACCAUUUAUUUUAGAUUAUGAUGGUGAUAUGAUCUCAGAUUUUAUUGUUGAAACUUUUGAUUGUCCAUUACAGUUGGUACUUGGUGGUAAAUUUGAUAAUUUAGCCGAAAUCAAAUCAAAACGUUUUAUUUGUCUAUCGAAUCUAACUAGAAUUCAACAUUUAGCAAGUCCACAUGCAAGUGCAUUUGUUAAUCUUAAUUCUUAUCUAAUCGAUAUGACACCCGAUCUAUUUAUAAAUGGUGAAAGCAAAUUUGAAUAUAUUUACAACAUUCCACAGGAAGGUUUUCAACCAAAUCAAAAUGGAAACAAUCUUCAUUCAUUUCCAAAUGUUGGAUUACGGGGACAAUCAUCAUUUGUUGAUUUAAAUUAUGAUGGAAAAUUAGAACAUUUAAUUCCAGUCUGUUUGGAUGAUGUUAAAUCAUUUGCUGAUUGUCAACAACCAAAUCUAAUGGUUUUCGAUACGGAUACGGGUGAUUGGUUUCAUAUAUUGAACACAACCGAAUCAUUGGGUGCUCAAUUCAAUCGUACAUUAACAUUUAUCGAUGCAAAGUUUUAUAAUUAUAUUGAAAUUCCGGUUACAUUACAUAUUGGUGAUAUUGAUUAUGAUGGUUAUCCAGAUUUUGCAACCAUAUUACAAGAUGUUCAAACUAAAAAAAAUGUAGCAGCAAUAUUUUUAAAUAAAUUGCUUAACGGUUCACAGAAUACAUGGAAUCGUAUUUUCGAAUUAGAAUGGAUCGGUGAAUAUACGGAAAAUGUUCGUAUGGUCAGUUUAUUCGAUAUUUUUAAUAAUGGCAGAUUAAAUUUAUUGAUUACUACCGAAGAUUCUACUACAAAUCAAUUAACAUUACAAGCAUAUGAUUAUUAUUUUGAAAAAUCACUUUAUUUUAGUUUUCUUCGUGUUAAUGUUAUUUCUGGUUUAUGUUCAGAUAAAACUGAAGAUCAUAAAUGUCCAAAUCAUCUUGCAUAUGGUAGUACACCACCCGGUGCAAUGGUUUGUUUUGCUGGUCCAUAUUCCAAUGAUCAUUGUUGUUCAGUACAGAUGAGUCAAAGUGCACAUUUUGCAUUACAACCACCAUAUAUAAUAUUUGGUUUAGGUGAUGUAUUGAAUGUGAUCAAUGAUUUAUCCGUAUCGAUUGCUAAUGGUAAAAAUCCAACACGUGUACGUAUAUGGAAUGAAAUUAUACCUGGAUCAAAAUUAGUUAUCGUACCAUUCGAACCGGAUCAAUUAAAAAAUUGGGAAUUACGUGUUUUUAUCAAUAUGAGUAUUUAUUCAUUGGUUGCAUUAUUAUUUUUAUUUGUACUUGGACUAAUAUUAACAUGUGCCAUUUCUAUUCUACAUUUUCGUGAAAAAGUUGAAGAUCGUGUUGAUAAUCAACAAUAUCGUAAUGCAUGGCUAUAAUGUUUUAGUAAAAAAAUUGUGUAAUUAUUUUAAUUAAAUUAGUAUUUUUUUUUGUAUGCGGAAC